AUUUUAAGUAAGAUCUACCAUGUUUAUAGAGUACUUCCGGUCACAUAUUUAUAGAAACAGUUCUACUUUUGUUGACUUUGUUGUGGAGUUAAAUUUAAUUUUGUACAAGCGAGAUGAAAGACGCAGCUAGAUCAGGAUGUCUAUUUCAUGCACCUAUACUUGUCAAGAUUUCUUGCUGAGGUGCUUUUACCUACUGCUAUUGCACCUUUAUAGAAGUGAAGCACAGCAAGGCGUUGUCUACAUAGACUUCAACUCCCAACUUGCCUACUUCGAACACUUACAGGCGAAGUACAUCAUCCUGCGAUGUCCCUCUAGCGAACUCUACACUUCCGACAAGCUGAUCGUCCAGCACGAACUGAAACGGUCCCGUAAGCUGACCCGAACAGAGUCGGCUGUCAUGUAUCACAUCCCCAAGCUGUCCUGUAGUGACUUUGGCAGAUACACUUGCCGCUCUCGAGAGGGUCAGCAUGAAAAACUAUUGGAUUUAUCAGUUACAGGAUGUUCACCCCAAAUGUGCUCGUCCGACUACACGAAGCAGUCCGCGAACAUAGGCUACACCGCGCGGUUCGACAUCUGUGUGUAUGUGCCGGCCCCCCGCGACCCGGUCCCCCUGAUGGUCUUCUACAAGUACCGCUGGCUCAAGGCCACCGAGUGCGUCCUGCUCACCUGCGUCAACUGGACCGUCAACCGCACCUCCAUAUUUAGGUUUGACGUCACGAUAUACGUGUUCAACGUCAGCCUGCACGACUACGGGAACACGGACGUCAAAUUUGGAGCGCUUCAAACGUACAAGAGCAACUUCAUUAUCCACCGUUUAGUGUUAACCAGUAAAGAAGGCAACAUGAGCGGAAUGUAUAUGAUACGCAUGCAGAAAAUCCAGGAGCAGGUGUCCAUCAAUAGCGUGGUGACGAUCUCAAUAUGCUGUCUGUUUUUUGUUGCCCUGGCGGUUAUAGGAGUUAUCGUCUACAGAGUGUUGCAAGGCCGUCCAGUCGAGCAGAACCCAAAUAUUGCCUCAUAUGGGGACGCCAUUCAGCUGGCGUGAUUGCUUCCAAUCACAUGAUCCUAUCAACUCACCCACCCUCAGCCACGAAAUACAGAUGAAAUAUGUUUCAUAAGCUUUCUAUACAUUAAAUAAUUUAC